AUGACGAAACUCAGCAACCAAAGUUGGGAGGAAGGAGAGCUACUAUAUUCGUAUUUGGGUUAUGCUGUUCUAGCAGUGCAAGCACAUUUCCAGCAACAGAGACCUUUUCCUUGCAAAGGUUUGGACCCUAGCAAAAUGAGCCAAUGUGAGCCUGCAGACAGAAGCCAACAGGCCAUGUUAUUUACUGGAAUCCAUUUGGUAGCACUAGGAACUGGUGGGGUGAAAGCGGCUCUGCCCUCUCUGGGAGCUGAUCAAUUCGAUGAGAGGGAUUCAAAGGAGGCAGCUUCUCUUUCGAGCUUCUUCAACUGCUUUGGGAAUGUCACUCCUGUUUCUAAGCAUGGGGAGGUAUUUGUUGCAGCCAUUAAAAACCGGAAUCUUUCCAUUUCAGACACAGCAGGAGUGUUGCAUGAAAUUCAUGAUAAAGAAGCUGGACAGACUGAGAUUCUUCAAAGAACUGAUCAAGUCAAGUUUUUGGACCGUGCUGCAAUAGUGAAAAGCGCACAAGAAACAUCUAAAUCAAGUGUGACUGGAUCCUGGAAACUUUGUACCUUCACUGGAAUCCCAACCGGAAUCACUCAACUCCAGAGGGUUGGAGUGGGACUAGUGCUUGCAGCUAUUUCUAUGGCAAUAGCUGGAAUAAUUGAAACACACAGAAGAAAUGUAGCUAUUAAUCAUAACAUGGUUGAUUCAGCAGAUCCUUUGCCAAUAAGCAUAUUCUGGCUACGCAUUCGAUAUGCCAUAUUUGGAAUGGCUGAUAUGUUUACAUUGGUGGGGUUUUUAGAAUUCUUCUAUGCAAAGAGCUCGUCCGGGAUGAAGUCGCUUAGCACCGCCAUCUUGCAGUGUUCACUGGCAUUCGGGUACUUCACGAGCUCAGUGGUGGUGAAUGUAGUGAACAAGGUGAGUGGUGGGUGGCUAGCGAGCAACAAUUUGAACAGAGAUAAGUUGAAUUAUUUCUACUUGUUACUCACCGGCUUAAGCAUAGUGAAUUUUGGCUUCUACUUGUUAUGUGCUUCCUGGUACAAGUAUAAAAAGGUUGAAGGUGAACAAGUAGACAAUGGUUGGGCUCUUGAGGAAAGAAUUGAAUCAAUUGAUAUGAGCAUUGUUAGGAACAAUACACCCUAA